AUGCCUAGGGAGUGGUCGGUGUAUUGAGUAUUAGGCCUGCGCCAGCGCGUUGUGUGUGUGGAUGAACAUUACGAACGGAGCAGAUAAAGGAAUUUUGCUACACCUGUAUUUGUAAGCGUAUAGUAUCUUGAGGAGAGGAAAGCCUUAUUGCAAAGAUGUCGAUUUCUGCAGAAAUUCAGCGAGUUAUGUUGGCUGUAUCCCUGGUGCUGUUACUUGGAGGAUUUGGAAAUGCUAUAAGCGGAUUUGAUAAUUUCGUCGAUAGGUGCGGGGAGACUGUUGAUAUUGAAAACUCCGGGGAUCAAGUGGACUCCCAGAUGGGAGUAUACUACGAGAACGACCUCGACUGCACGGUGACUCUGACAACCUCCUUCGGCCGGCAGAUCUUAUUGGAGGUCACCAGUAUGAUCAUCAAGGGUGACCCGUCGGACUGUAGAACAACCGACUAUUUGGAGGUGUUCGAUGGGCCGGCCAAAGUCACCUCGGUCGGCUUGUUCUGUGGGAACGACGCAAGCAUCUACGACUCAAUUACUUCGACUGCCAACUCUAUCACCGUGCAAUUCAAGACCAACGUCACUGUCACGGGCACUGGAUUUUACUUUGUCUACACUUCGUUCUCUAUGGGUCCUUGCACGGAAGACGAGUUCAAGUGUAACAAUGGUCAUUGCAUUGACAAGUCAUUGACGGAUAAUCUGCUUGAUAACUGUGGGGACUUUAGCGACUUUGGUGGCGGUGAAAUCUUCGACACUGCAAUGAAUUUAUUCAAGUUGGGUAUUGGCGUCCUCAUUGCAAUCAUUGUCGGUGUCAUCGUGGCUGUAGUCCUAUGCUGUGUAUGUGUUGGCUGUCUCUGCUACCACUGCUGCUGCAAGAACAGGCAGCAACAGACGCAGUACCAGCAGGCCCCGAUGGCCAUGCAACAGCAGCCCACGCAGAUUUAAAGUCACAUUAUUUUCAGGGACUGUAUUACCAUGGUAAUCACCAUCGUGGUCUCUCGAACUCUGAUUUAUUGACUGGAUAUACAGGAGCUAAUGGUCUGUCAGUUACUGAGUCUGGUGCCUUAUUGAUUGAGUGAAAGCCACGCGGCAAGUACUUUAUUAGUAGGCAUUUAAAAAAAAAAAUUGGUGGACACUAGGGAGGGCACUUUGGUUUUGUUGCAGAGGAUCAGUUUUGCCAGCGAGGUAUCCUUCUUAUAGCUCCAUAUUUUACCCCCAAACCUAAUAGGGCUAUAGUAUUGUGUCCGCCAUACCUCAAAAUUGCUUAUUACAUGCUCCUAAAUUGGGGGAAACGACGGGCAUGAAUUGUGUUAAAGAUGUCACUGGUAACCUUCUGUUCUAUCCAAUCAGUAACGAACAGAAACCAGGGAAGUGAAAGGGAAGUGCAAAAAAUGUCUUUCUCAAAAGACAGUCUUUGACAUUUUUGUUUAAGGUCAUUCUGUGACUUUUUUUGUUUAAAGAUUAUUCUACGGACCACUUUAUAAAUAAGAUGAUCAUAAUUAUUUACUUACGCAGGUUAACUGUUAUACAUCGUUACAGAGGACAGAUAUAGGCCUAAUUUCAUAAAGAAAAUUAUGAAAUUGGGCCCAGGGGUGGAUUUCACAAAGGUAGUCUUAACUUAGGACU